AUGGCGUCGAAACGUCAGUUUUCUGACGAUGAUUUCACAUGUCCUGUUUGUUAUGACAUUUUUAAAAACCCUGUGCUGCUGCAGUGUGGUCACAGUGUGUGCGGAGACUGCGUUAAACAGUACUGGAGGACCAAGGGUUCGAGAGAAUGUCCGCUGUGCAGAAAAAGGUGUACCAGAAAUCCUCCCGUUAACUUGGCUCUGAGAAGCUUAUGUGAAACUUUCCUGCAUCACAAGGGACCUUUAGAGGAGCUGUGUGAAGUUCACCGGGAGAAACUGAGUCUGUUCUGCGAGGAUGAUCAACUGCUCGUGUGUGUGACUUGUCAAGACUCAGUACAGCACAUAACUCAUACGUGCCAUCCCAUCAGCGAGGCCGCCGAGGAACGUAAGGGAGUUCUUCGGAGUGAACUUAAAUUCUUGACAAGAAAAAUAAAGAUGAUCAAAGAUGCCAGAUUUGACUGUGAUCAAAAGGCUGAGCACAUUCAGUUCCAAUCCAGGCAUACAGAAAACAUCAUCAAGAAUGAGUUUAAACACCUUCACCAGCUUUUGUAUGAUGAAGAAGCAACCAUGCUUGCUCAACUAAGUAACGAAAAUGAGCAGAAAACACAGCGCAUGAAAGAUGAAAGAAAACUUCAGAAGAUGACUCAAGAUAUAUUAAGCCUCUCAAACACCAUUAGAAGCAUAAGAAAAGAAUUAGAGUGUGGGGACGUCAGAUUCCUUCAGUACUUCAAGAACACAUUGGACAGAGCCCAGGACACACUCCGGGAUGUAGAAACGGUUGAAGGAGAGCUGAUUGAUACUGCAAAGUACUUGGGCAACUUAAGGUUCAAUGUGUGGACAAAAAUCAGAGAGUCUAUCAAUUACUCUCCUGUUGUGCUGGAUCCCAACACUGCUAACUCCCAGCUUAUACUGUCUGAAGAUCUGACAAGUGUGAGGGACAGUGAUGAGCUUGAGGAUGAUGACAUGGAGGAUGUGCAGAGAAAGCAGCUUCCCAAUAACCUGGAGAGAUUUGAUAGGUGUCCCUGUGUUUUGGGCUCGGUGGGUUACACCUCAGGAACACACACAUGGGAUGUUGAUGUUGGAGACAACACAUUCUGGAUGUUGGGUGUCACCACAGAGUCUGUCCAGAGAAAAGGAGUCAAUGGCUUGCCAACCGGAGUCUGGUGCAUUGGGUAUGAUGGUGAUGUGCUCAGUUUAAAGGCACCUCUAGAGUCAUACAUCCCUCUCCAUGGAUGCAUGAAACCAAAGCAUGUCAGAGUGCAACUUAAUUUGAACAGUGGACAGCUGUCGUUCUCAGACCCUCUCAGCAAAACACUCUAUCACACCUUCACACCCCAUUUCACUGAGAAGGUUUUUCCAUUCUUCUACAGUCUGUGCAGUGUCUCUCCUCUGAGGAUUCUGCCUGUUGCCAUGCCCUGUAAUUAAAAUAAAUCUCAUUAAUUUAAAUUAAAUCUCAUAAAUCUCAAAUUAAAAUCAGUCUCUUUCUGUUUGGAAGGAGAUGCAGAAGUCUAAAGUUUUAGUCAAUGCUCUUGUUGUGUGCCUUUUAUUAUUUUUGUUCUGAUUGAAACAGAUCUCAAUUGAAAUUGUAAUGCCAUAUUACAUUUUUCACAGUACAAUGUUUUGUAAAUGCCAGAGAACAGGCAAGACAAAUACGAAACACCAC